AUCGCUCUUUUUACAGGAGUCAUCAAUAUUAAAGCAGCCGAAAACAUGAAGACAGAAGUCUCUACGGCUACUGACUUCGUUACCAGUCUGGUCAGGAUGACUGGCCUUCUUACUGAAGAUCGUCUUCAUCACUUUAGCUUUUCCCUGCAGAAGACGCUACUUGAUUACUAUGAGAAACACUGGUUUCCCCAAGACCCUUGCAGAGGGUCCGGCUACAGGUGCUUGCGGAUAAACCACAAAAUGGACCCUUUGAUAAACAAAGCUGCCCGGGCUGUUGGCAUUACAAAGGAGGAACUUUUUGCCUUGCUUCCAUGCGAGCUGACAGUGUGGGUCGACCCGCACGAAGUGUCUUAUCGAAUCGGUGAAAAUGGAUCCAGUUGUGUCCUUUAG